UGUAGGAGGGAAAACUCAGCCAGCAGGCUCAGAGUACCUGUCAUGCAAAUGAGAGUCCGGCUUUAUCACAUCUCCUUCCCAGGAACACCAUGAAUGGGGAAAUGGAAAGCUCAAUUUUGGGGAAAUUGCAAAGGGUGAAGGGGGAGGAGAUCAGUUACAACACACUGUUGCGACACUCAGCAGGGUUGAAAGUGACAACAGCGAGGGUUUCUCUUUUUGGAAAUGUGAGGGUUUUUCCGCGUCUGACAGGGGGACGGAAUGACAGCAGCACAGGCCGAAGCAGCCUGCCGCCCUUCUAGGAGAAGACCCUGCAAGAUGCAAGCUUUCAGAAUCUGGGAUAUUAACCAGAAGACCUUCUACCUGAGGAAUAACCAACUCAUUGCUGGCUACUUACAAGGACCAAAUACUAAAUUAGAAGAGAAGAUAGACAUGGUGACUACCGACCUUCAUAACGUGUUCUUGGGGAUCCACGGGGGGAAGCUGUGCCUGUCCUGUAUCAAGUCUGGAGACGAUAUCAAGCUCCAGCUAGAGGAAGUUAACAUCACCGACCUGAGCAUGAGCAAGGAACAAGACAAGCGCUUCACCUUCAUUCGCUCAGAGAAAGGCCCCACCACCAGCUUUGAGUCAGCCGCCUGUCCAGGCUGGUUCCUCUGCACAGCAUUAGAGGCUGACCGGCCUGUCAGCUUCACCAACAAGCCCGAAGAACCCCUUACAGUCACCAAGUUCUACUUCCAGGAGGACCAAUAGUGCUGCCCUGAACUAGCCUCCUCCACUCCCAGGCCAUCGACAACUCCAUCAACUGUCUUCUCACUCUAGGUAUCGCUAGAGUCUGAAGAGCAACUUUUGCAGGCUGCAUGGUAGAAGGAGAUAGAAGAGUCUUGAGUCUGAUGCCAGAUUUCUGCCUCCACCCUGCUAGCUGACCCAACCCCUGUGAUGCUUUCAGGAUGACCCUUCAAACUGGAUCAUGGCAGGCCCUCGUUCAAAACCCUCUCUUGUUGCCUCUACCCUCCGAGUGAAUCCUAGGCCACUUGCUUGACCUAAGUGCCUUCUGCUCCCCACACUUUUCCCUUCUUGCAUUCUCCCACAUGCCCACAGCCCAGGUCAAUCAAGUCACUUGACAACACCCGCCCCAUGACUCCCUUACUCUGUUGGGUAAGCCUGUGCUGGUCUAUGGAGAAGGUUUUAAUUCUCCUUGGUGUUCAUUUUGGUUUUGGUGCUUGGAAUGAAACCCACCAGGGCCUCAUGUAUACUAAGUAUGUGCCCUACCACCAAGCUAUGCUUUCGGCUCACGGGGAAGUUUGAAAGGAUCCAGAAAACAGAAAUUAAUUAAGGAUCUCCUAGUUAUUUUAUUAGGUCAGCCUUAUUCCAUCUGGGGGAGAGUCCUACUUUAUGAGGUGUCCUUUCUGAGAGGAGCUGGGGCUCAGCUGUUCCUACUUGUGUCAACUGAUGCAUGGGGGAAACCGAUAAUAGGCUUUUCUCUUUUUCUUCUUUGUGUGAUGCCCUAAACUGAAAAAUUAAAAUUUUGUAGACUGUAUUAUCCCCGCCAAUUUUUUUUUUUGGAAGUUUCCAGUUGUCUGAACCCCUAAGCUCUCUGUCCAACCCAAACACCAGCUCCACUCCAGACCUCCCACAGAAGGUUCUGCCUGCAGAAGUUCCCACUGUCGCCGUGCAAAUGUCCCUCUCAGGUCCUUCCUGCUGUGGUGAACAAAUCCACUAUUUCUUGACCACGUUAGCACUUCUAACCUUGCAACUUGUGUGGAAGUAGCUAUGGCCCCUGUCUGUUUCCUCUGCCAGACUGUGAGCUCCAGAGAGCAAGGAGCAUUUUGUGUGUGUGUGUGUGUGUGUGUGUGUGUGUGUGUGUGUUGGGUCCCUACAGGGCUGAGCCCCCACGCUAGCUCUUGGUGGGCACGCAGUGAAUAUUGUGUGUGUUGGGUAGAAAGUUCCUUACUCCUUUCUGAUUUAGCUGUAUUUUACAAUAAAACUCUGAAAAAAGUCUA